AUGCACGAUUGGCAUCUCGGUCUUUCUGGAAGCCUCCUCUUCUUGGCUUACGCAGAGACUAUGGCCAUCGUUGAAACCUUAGCUAAGCAGGCGGUGGCAGGCGUUGAAAUCUUGGCCGGCCAGAAUGCGAAUAAGCUGAUUGGCUACCGGGAUACAGAGAUUAGUUGCAAAUCCGGGGAAGGCGCAGUUCACACCCGCGGUUUCGAAUCAGGUCGUGGUCCCUUUGAUACCAAGUUCUCCAGUGUCGGUGGAAGGAACCUGGAAGCUCCUGCUUCAGUUGCUAUCUUGCCUUAUCAUGGCGGCAUUCCUGAAGCGCUCUUCCCCGACUUCCUUGUUGUCCUUGGGGUUUCGUAUCGAGUCGCAGCAGCCUGUCAAGUUGUUGAAGCGAGAGUGUGCAGUGCGUUGGGCCUCCGAGACAGCCGAGGCGCACGUCAGCUGUCCGCAUGUUCCAUUGUCAAGUUUUGA